AUGCUGGGACUCUCCAAGGCAUGGAUCUGGGCGGCCAUCGCGGUCGCGUCCAUGCCGUGCUCUCUUGCAAGUCAGGCCCCGUUGGAUCUUGGGAGUGGCUUCAACCUCCUAAUUAAUCAAAGCACCAAUCAUCUCGCGGUAUCUCGUGGGGAGCAGAUCAUCUGGGAGACCAUUGCCAAUCAGCCUUUUCUCAGUGCUAGUGCGGGCUCCGACCAAGUCAUCGGCUCGAGUGGUAACUUCAAAAUCCACGAGGUCGACCGCAGCAAAUGCACGGGACAGCGCAUCAAUCGCGUCGCCUCAAGGACAUGGUCAGGUAGUGCGAAUAAGCAAGCAGCUGUGAUCCAAGGAGUCCUCACCGACUGCGGUGAUCGUUCGGCCGCAUUUUCUCUUGCACUUUGGGUGCCUGCCGAGUUCCCAGACCGCAUCGCGUUUCAUAUCGACAUCAACCCAGGCUCGUCCUCCAAUGACCCCGAAACCAAACUGUUCCUGACCUACCGCUCCUCACCAUCGGAAGAUUUCUACGGUCUGGGUGCUCAGGCAUCAUUCGCUUCAUUGAAGAAUCAGUCGGUGCCGAUAUUUUCACGAGAACAAGGAGUGGGUCGUGGAGACCAGCCCACCACGCGUCUCGAGAGCGAAGCCAGUUUCUUUGCUGGAGGUGAUCACUUCACCACCUAUUCCGCAGUACCGCAGUACAUUUCCUCUCAGUCGAGAGUGUUUCACUUGACAGAGGAAAGCACUGCCUACGCGAACUUUGAUUUCCGCGAUCUGAAUGCGGUGACUGUGCGAUAUGCUGCACUAGACGUCGAUGGCUACUUCAUGCAGGCAAGCAAUAUGCUCAAUGGCAUUACGAUGCUUACAGAAUAUACCGGUCGUAUGCCCGAGCUUCCUACCUGGGUGGAUUCAGGUGCCGUUCUUGGGAUCCAGGGUGGCCAGGCCAAGGUGAACCGCAUCGUCGAGAAAGGAAUACAAAAGAACUGUCCCAUCGCUGCAGUCUGGCUCCAGGAUUGGUCUGGAACUCAUACCCAGAGUGUGUCGUAUAUGAGUCUUAACAUCUCCCGUCUGUGGUGGAACUGGGAGUACGAUUCAGAGCUUUACCCUUCAUGGCCGAAGUUUGUGCAAAACCUACGCAACCAGCACAAUGUUCGCACUCUGUCCUAUAUCAAUCCGUUCCUCGCCAACGUGAGCACCAAGCCGGAUGGCUUCCGACGUGAUCUUUUCUCAGAAGCCACCAAGGGAGGCUAUAUGAUUCAGAACGCGACAACGAACGAGACAUCGAUCGUUUCUAGUGGUCCGGGCAUCGAGGCCGGUAUUCUGGAUCUUACCAAUCCUGCAGCUUGCUCAUGGUUCCGGGAUGUCUUGAUUGAUCAAGUAUGGAGCGCGAAUGUGUCGGGCUAUAUGGGCGACUUUGGUGAAUACACCCCCGUGCCCUCGAAAACUCGCUUUGCCAAUCGUAGCAUCGACCCCCUGUUUUACCACAAUGAAUACCCCCGAGACUGGGCCAAGCUGCACCAUUCCCUCACGAAGAGUGUCUCGAGCUUCUCAGAUGCCAUCAUCUUCCACCGUUCUUCGUCGCUGGCGGCCAACCGCUACAUGAACCUCUACUGGGCCGGUGACCAGAACACCAACUGGGGUAUAAACGACGGCAUUAAAUCGUCAGUGACCGUCAUGGGUCACAUGGGCUUGUCUGGAUACGCACAUGGACAUAUGGAGGUUGGAGGGUAUACCACGACCUGGGACAGCAAUGGGAUUGUCAAUCGCUCCGCCGAGUUGCUGGGCCGCUGGGGAGAGCUGGCGGCCGUGUCCAGUGCCGUCUUCCGCUCGCACGAGGGAAAUGUGCCCCAAGUGAAUGCUCAGUUCUAUACCAACUCAUCGACGUAUUCGUACCAUGCCUACAACUCUCGAAUGUUUGCCAGUCUGGCAGCCUAUCGUCGCAAAAUUCUGAACACAGAAAGCAAGAACCUGGGAUGGCCUUUGCUGAGAAUGCCCGUUAUCUAUCAUCCCGAUGAUAUCAAGGCGAAGGCAAUCAGCUACGAGAGCUUUUUCCUGGGGGCUGACUUAUACGUCGCGCCCGUUCUUGAUCCAGGCCACAAGAGCGUGGAAGUCUAUCUACCCGGCCAGAAAGAGUUGUACACUCAUGUCUGGACGGGCCGGAAAUAUCACGGUAGUCAGACUAUCAAGGUAUCGGCACCUUAUGGCAAGCCCGCGGUAUUUGUUGUGGGACAGCCGAAGCAUGAUUAUCUGAAGGACUUCCUUGAGUUCGUUCGGAAAGAGAAUGGGACUGUCAUCCACGUCUAA